AUGAGUGAAACCAAAUCUUUGGAUAAAAGCUUAGAAAAUGAACGAAAAGAAAGCGAAAGCAGUGAUACAGAGUAUGAUCCUCAGUUUAAACCAAUAAUUUCGUUACCGGAAGUUGAAAUAUCUACAAAUGAAGAGAACGAAAGUGAAUUAUUAAAAAUAAGAGCUAAAUUAUACCGCUAUGAUUCUUCCGAGCCCUCUUCUGCUGAAUGGAAGGAAAGAGGUACUGGAGAAUUAAAGCUUUUAAGACACAAUGAAACUCAUUCAGUAAGAGUAGUAAUGAGGCGAGAUAAGACUUUGAAAGUUUGUGCUAAUCAUUUCAUAACUCCAUGGAUGGAGCUGAAACCCAGCAAGGGUAGUGAUAAAGCUUUUGUUUAUACUGUUAUGGUAGAUUUUGCAGAUGAGAAACCUAAGUCUGAAUGUUUAGCUAUUAAAUUUGGUACAGUAGACAAUGCAAAUCUAUUCAAGGAAAAGUUCGAAGAAGCAAAAAAGAUUGUGUCUACAGAAUGUGAAUUAUACAAUGACCAAAACAAUAAAGAAAAUGAAGACGUGUCAGAGGAACACAACUCUUCUUUAGAAAAUAGUGUUGAUGAAAGCAAAAACGAUGAAUCUGAUGAAAAAGAAUGUGUGGACUUGACUAAAAAGAUCAGUGAAUUGGAUGUAGCGAAAGCAGAUGAGAAGUAA